AUCAAUUUUCAGGGUCGAAAUAUGAGGAAUCAAUGUUAAACCCUGAAAAUUGGUUUUUGCGUGCAGCUCAGAAUUAGAGUGGAGAAGUGGAGCAAAAAUGACGAGGGCGGCUCUCUUUCACUUACUGCGAUCACAGUCCAAGCAGCUCGCAUCCUCAAACUUCCUUUCAGGUUAUCAACCUUGUAGGUCUGGAGCCUGGGCACUUGGCCUGAACACCAAAUUCGGGUUCAACUCUGGCUUUGAUAUCAAUGCUUCCCAGAAAAGAUGGGCUUCUCAUGCCACAACAAAAGAGGAUGAUGGGAAAAUCAGCAUUGGACCACGUAGAGGUGGCGAAGUUGGGGAAGAUGGAAAAGACUCUGGGGUUGUCUACUAUGGUCCGAUCUCAUCUACUAUAAAGAAAGUGAAACUUCUCUCGCUUUCAACCUGCUGCCUUUCUGUCUCUCUAGGCCCGGUGAUAACCUUUAUGACAUCUCCGGGUAUGAAUGUGAUCUUGAAAGGUGCUGUGGCAUCUUCAGUGAUAUUCUUGAGUGCUUCUACCACAGCUGCCCUUCACUGGUUCGUGACCCCAUACAUCCACAAGCUGAGAUGGAAGCCUGGUUCAGACAGUUUUGAGGUGGAAAUGUUGUCAUGGCUUGCAACAUACAUUCCAAGGACCAUUAAGUUUUCUGAUAUCCGGCCAGCAGAAACCAAUAGGCCUUUUGUGACUUUUAAGGCCAAUGGGAACUUUUACUUCGUCGACCCUGAUCAUUGCCAUAACAAGGCUUUGCUAGCAAGACUGACUCCACAGAAAGCAACUCAGGAAUCAGCUUUUAAGAAUUUAUGAUCAUUAGAUGCUGAGUUCUCAGAAGUUUUGCUCUAGGUGGCUGAAUUAUGUUAUAGAAAAGAAAUCAUGUAGUGCAAUGAGCCUUUGCGGCUUCUACUUGUUUUUUCAUCUGUUUAUGCAUGAGACACCAGUUUCAGGUUUUUUGAUAAAGAAAUAAUUAAUAUUUGGGAAA